AAGGGUGGCCCCUUAAUUCCAUUUGCAACUCUCAAAUCUCUUCAUUUCGGGUUCCUACACAUAGCCGGAAAAACCGAGAGAGAGAGAGAGAGAGAGAGAAUGUGGCGGAUGCUGGUGGCUUUGCGACGGAACCUUCAAAACAUCAAGAAAAGCCACCGUGUAGCGGAUGAGAACAUGGUGGUCGGAAGUGGAGGGAACAAUGAUGGAGGCGAGAUGCCGGGUUUCGUGGAUAGAAGGUGGAAUGGUCUUUCUGUGAUUUGCAGCGUCGUUAGAGCUCCUUUUACACUGAUUUCUUGCUUCUCUCAACCCCAUGUUAAUGGCGCCGAUGGAGUCUGGGUUUCCGGCCACGAAUUCGCUCAAAUCUCAGAGAUGAACCAUUUGAUGGUAAGUGAUAGCAUGCGUUAUGCAAUCUUGAUGUAAAAGAUUAAAAAAUUAAUAUAGAAAU